AUGGCGACACACAUAGUUCACGAGGAAUUCGCGGAGCACUACUGGGCUUACAACUUUUCUCUCACCGACCCAUCUUACCUGGCCAUCCGAGACGGUAGUGAUUUCAAUUUCAUGUUCAAAGAUGGUUGGUACCCAUUUUUGAACAUCCAAGCACCCAAUAAAGAAGGCGACAGAGCCGACUACUCACCGUCAACAAACAUCACGUUCAUGUCAUUUACUUGGGCGAACUGCUCAUUACCAGCCAGCUAUUUGGACUCCUCGGACCGGUAUGACAAGGUCGACUGCUCGUACUAUUCGCGUUUCCCAGGCUUGCAGAGUAAAGUUGGUCUUGUGGCUGCAAAUUGUUCUAUGGACAUCUGUGUCAGGAAUUAUGCGUCAAUCAUCCGCAAUGGAGCGCUGGAAGAAAAGACUAUCUCGGUUAACAAAGACAUGGUCCCUGCCGACGAGUCGGAUGUAUUCGACGAUUUGUCCUACAGAAUUAUUAGGGAUCCUUGCUUUCUGGACGGCCAGAUGUACAUCACCUCAAACCUUUCCCAGGCGGCGCAUCCUCCGGGUCGCAACUUCACAAAGCUCAUAGUCAACAACGAGUCAGUGGAAGUGCCACUGGAGUGUACCUUCGGCAUCGACGAGCACUUCGGUUGGGGCAUCUUCCAGUACCUGCAUGAUAUCUUCCAGACAUCGUGCAGAGUCGAUGAGUGGGGUACUGAUGAUGACUGGAUCGUCUGUUUUGAUGCAUGGUGGUAUAAGCCGCUAUUCAACCAAGGAAAUGCCAGCCUGGAGAGUGUAUCUGCCGCAUUCGAGAAGCUAAGUCUGGCUAUCACAUCCCGCAUGAGGAUGACUGGCAUGAACGCGUAUAAUACGGAGUCUGGUAGGGCGGUGGGGACCGUCACGCGGUCUGCAGUCUGUAUACAGGUCUACUGGCCUUGGUUGACUCUGCAUAUGUUUCUUGUUCUAUGGACUGGACUCAUAUUUAUUUUCGUCUUGUAUGACAGCCAGAGGCUGAGGGAGACCCAGCCCAUUUGGAAACACAGCGGCUUGGUGCUGUUCUUUCACACGCUGUGGCACGAGGAUCAACGCGAUGGGGGUACGACGCGCAAACCCGCUCCCAUUGAACUGGGUGCUAUGGAUGAUACAGCCUCCAAAAUGGUUGUACACCUCCAGCAGCUUCAUCAAGGGUACGCGUUCGUCGUCGAGGAGGGAUCUGAGAAAUCUGUGCUCCAAUCUCUACGCGAGUCAACGAGGAUGCGUCAGAGCAUAGACACAGAGUCGCCAGACGUGCUAGCCGCGCCUGACUUCGGACCACAUUUCAGCGCAUCAGUUGACGAGGGCUUGGGGGAGGCUCGCUGA